AUGUCUGAUAUCGGUUGCAGACCCGUGACACCACUCAUCAUUAAUGGUGAGUCCGUCGUCACGGAUAUCCAGUUCGAGGUUCGCGCCCCUGGAUCUGGGGAAUUGUCUAGUAUCUGUGCUGGUGUCUCCGAGGCGGAUGCUAUCCGCGCUGUUGAUAAUGCAAAGGCUGCAUUCCCAGCUUGGGCUAAGACCUUGCCCUAUGCUCGUCGCGAUCUCAUGCUGAAGGCUGCUGAUAUCAUGGAGGCUCGCAAGGAGGAAUUCAUCGCUUACCAGCGUGAAGAGACUGGUGCAGGCCGACCUUUCUCUGAGCACACAUUCAACUUGGGUGUUAACUUUAUUCGUGACUUUGCGGCUCGUAUCCCCACGAUUGAGGGUAUUGUCCCUAAUGUCACCAGGGAGGGGGAGGGUGCUAUGGUCUUCAAGCAGCCAUACGGAGUGAUUCUUUCAAUUGCGCCAUGGAACGCACCUUUUGUCCUCGGUGUACGCGCUGUGGCUAUUCCUCUCGCAGCAGGAAACACCGUCGUCCUGAAGGGUUCCGAGCUUUCUCCUAAGUGCUUCUGGGCUCUGGGUGAUGUCUUCCGCCAAGCUGGUCUGCCAGCUGGAUGUCUGAAUGUCAUUUUCCACCAGCCUUCUGACGCCCCCGCUAUCACCAACGCUUUGAUCGCGCACCCCGCUGUUCGUAAAGUGAACUUUACUGGUAGCACCCUCGUUGGAAAGAUCAUUGCGUCUACUGCGGGUAAGUAUAUUAAGCCUGUGCUACUUGAGUUGGGUGGCAAGGCCUCAGCCAUUGUGCUCGAUGACGCGGAUCUUGAUAAGGCGGCCAUGAACUGCGCCCUUGGAGCUUUCAUGCAUUCCGGUCAAAUCUGCAUGUCCACUGAGCGCAUUGUUGUUCAGAAGUCCAUCGCUGAGGAAUUCAAGGUCAAGCUUGCCGCGACUGCGGAAAAGCUUUUCGGCAAGGAUGCCCCUGCUCUGGGCCUUGUUAACUCUGUCGCUGUCACAAAGAAUAAGAAACUCGUUGCGGAUGCCGUUUUCCGUGGCGCGAACGUACUCUUCGGUAAUGCUAGUGCCAAUGAGUCUAACGGUACCCUUAUGCGUCCUAUCAUUGUUGAUGGUGUCCAGAAGGAGAUGGAUAUCUACGCGACCGAGUCAUUUGGUCCGACCGUUUCGCUCAUUGUUGUCGAUACUGAGGAUGAGGCCAUCGCAUUGGCCAAUGAUACUGAGUAUGGUCUGACAGCUUCUGUUUACACAAAGAACCUGUUCCGUGGUUUGCGAGUUGCUAAGCAGAUUGAGAGUGGUGCUGUCCAUAUCAAUGCCCUGACUAUCCAUGAUGAGCCUGUCUUGCCUCAUGGUGGUUGGAAGAGCAGUGGUUUCGGUCGGUUUGGAGGUAUUGCAGGCUAUGACGAGUUCCUGCAAACCAAGACCGUUACAUGGAUGGAGUAA